CAUAGCUUGUAUUAGCUUUAAGCUAGUGUUGAUAAAGUGAGUUGAAGGUAGCAGGAGGUUGUUACUGCUUUUUUAGGGAGUUCAUCUCAGUUUUAACAACCAGAACACAGGUGACAAAGUGGAUAUAGUCGCUGAGUACCAGGAUACGCUUGUCAUCCUCUCACAAAUCAUCCUGUUGUCUUUAAACUUGUGGCGUGGAGAAGCAGUAUCCAAAGUUCAAACUGAAUGGCCGAGGGCUCCUCAGACCCACCCGACCUCAAUCCUGAUGAGGCAUCGCAUCAAAAACCUUAUCAGCACAACUCCAGAAGAGGCCGACCCAGAUACAACAAUGACAGAAACCUGAAUAGUUAUGAUCCUUCUCAGCAAUAUGGACACUUUCAUCCGGACUUCAAACCCCCAUUUAGCCAUGAUAAUUCAAAUUAUGCAUCGAAUCAGCAUGCUCACUACCACGGAGAGGAUGGAGCCAGAAGUCGAGGCAGAGGUAGAGGGAGGAGAGAAGGGAAUAGAGGUGUAAAUGGAAAUUUUGGAGGCUCCAGUUGGCAAAGACCUGGAGGUGAUAUUGAUCCGUACUGUGGUAACAACAGAGGUGCAGGGGCCUUUCACUCAGGGCCACAUCCCAUGGAUGGACCUGAUCGACCCAGCUGGCGAAGAGAAGAUCUGGGCAGGAAUUUUGAACAAACCAACGAAGACCACGAGGCCCGGGCUAAAAAAUCCAGGAAGUUUAGCCAGGAGCAGAAGAGAGGACCACAACAUGAAAAGGGUACCCGCUUAAAGGGGAACAACACUGCUAUAGAGGGUCAGAGGUCAAAUGACACCAAAGGAGAAAACCCCACUUCAGAUAUCAGGGAAAGAAGUCAGAGGAGCAGGACAGGUCCAGACUCUCAAUAUGAUGAUCAUCAGAGGAAACCCCCUGAAGCAAAGCGACGCCAAGGACCAAUCAAACCUCCCAAACCAUCAUCUCAAGAGGAAACGGGCUCAGAGAGCAGAGCUAGUGUCAAAGAUGACUCUGGACAUGGCAGAUCAUCUCAGGAUCCUGCUGCCUUUAAAACUGGACGAGGCUCAGGACAACACGCGCCCCUUCAGGCCAGAGGGGGGAGAAGAACACCUCAGCAAAACCCAAGGCCGGGCCAGAGGAACUGGAACAAGAUGCCAGAGAGCAAGGAGACGCAGACAGGCUGUCUGAUUGAGCAGCUGUCUGAAGAGAAGUAUGAGUGCAUGGUUUGCUGCGAUGUCAUCCGCUGCAUGUCCCCGGUGUGGAGCUGCCAGAGCUGCUUCCACGUCUUCCACCUGAACUGCAUCAAGAAGUGGGCUCGAUCCCCGGCCUCUCAGGCAGACGAAUCCGCCGAAGGUUGGCGUUGUCCGGCCUGCCAGAAUGUUGCACUGAAACAACCGACCUCCUACACCUGCUUCUGUGGUAAAGUGACAAACCCAGAGUGGCAGCGCACUGAGAUUCCCCACAGCUGUGGCGACAUGUGUGGGAAGAAAAGGAGCGGAUUGGACUGUAAUCACCCCUGUAACAUCUUAUGUCACCCUGGACCUUGUCCGCAAUGUCCCGCCUUUAUAACAAAAUCCUGUAUAUGUGGGAAGAUCAGUCAACCAAUGCGCUGUGGCCAGGGUACAGUGCUCCAGUGUGACAAGGUGUGUGGUGCCUUACUCAACUGUGCUAAACACACCUGCACACAGGUGUGCCACAGUGGGAAAUGCCAACCCUGCCAGCUUCAGGUUGAGCAGGUGUGCUACUGUGCCGUUACCACUCGUAAUGUCCUGUGCGGCACUGAUAAAGAAGGAUUUGAUGGUUCUGGACAUUUCUCCUGUCAAAAAUUAUGUGGGAAGAUGCUAAAAUGCGAAGCUCACCGGUGCCAGCAGGAGUGCCACCGCGGUCCGUGCCAGCAGUGCCCACUCUCCCCGAGCCUGGUGAAGACGUGUCCCUGCAGCCAGACACCGCUGACCAAACUUCUUGAACUGGGCUACUCUGAGCGACGGAGCUGCUCUGAUGCCAUCCCCUCUUGUGGAAAGACGUGCAACAAACCCCUGGCCUGUGGCUCCAGCGACACCAUCCACCUAUGUGAGAAACUGUGCCACGAUGGCAGCUGCGGGCCCUGCGCCCUGACCUCCACUGUCCGGUGCAAAUGUCGCUCCAAGACCAAGGAGGUCCCAUGUGCAACUAUCCUGAAAGAAGAAGAGCUCGUCUUCACUUGUGAGAAGCGUUGCAACAAGAAACGCUCCUGCGGCCGACACAAGUGCGGCGAGCUGUGUUGUGUGAAUGUGGAGCACAAGUGCCCCCUGAUCUGCGGCUACAAGCUCAACUGUGGCCUCCACCGCUGCCAGGAGGCUUGUCACCGUGGAAACUGUGAGCCCUGCUGGCAGUCCAGUUUCGAUGAGCUGGCGUGUCACUGCGCCCUCACUGUCUUGUACCCGCCCAUCCCCUGUGGCACAAAACCACCAGAGUGCAAAAACAUGUGUACGAGAAGACACGAGUGCGACCACCCAGUGUUCCACAACUGCCACAGUGAAGAGAAGUGUCCACCUUGCACAUACCUUACUCAGAAAUGGUGCAUGGGGAAGCACGAGCAACGCAGCAACAUCGCGUGUCAUCUGCAAGACAUCUCAUGUGGCCUGAUAUGUAAUAAAACGCUGCCGUGUGAAAUGCACCACUGCAGACGGAUCUGCCACCGCAGCGAGUGUUUGGCAGAGGGCAGCUGCCGUCAGCCCUGCGCGCUGCCUCGUCCAGACUGUGGCCACCCGUGCUCCGCUCCCUGUCAUAAGGACAGCAGCUGCCCACGCACCACCUGCACCACCAAGGUCGCUCUACAGUGCGAGUGCGGUCGGAGAAAGGAAAAGGUGGCGUGCACGGAGGCAGCCAAUUCAUAUCAGAGAUAUGCAGCCAUCGCCAUGGCCAGUAAACUGUCUGACAUGCAGCUUGGCGACUCGAUGGACAUCGGCCCGUUCCUCACGAAGAAGGAGCUGAAACAGACCAGGCUUGACUGUGAUCAAGAGUGCGCCACUUUGGAGAGGAACAGGCGUCUGGCGGAGGCGUUGCAGAUCGACUCCUCUUCUGACCCAUUCAACGCCCGCUCUACUUCCGUAUACAGCGACAGCCUCAAAGACGAUGCCAGAAAAGACCUGAGAUUUGUCACAGAGGUAGAAGAGGAGAUCAAGAAUCUUGUGGAGCUUGCUAAUAAGGGGAAAAAACAGCCAAAGAGGAGCCACUGUUUCCCGCCCAUGAACCGAGAACACCGGAAGAUCAUUCAUGAGCUGGCCGAGGUCUAUACUGUGGAGAGCGUGAGCUACGACAGCGAGCCCAAACGCAACGUGGUCAUCACAGCACAAAAGGGGAAGUCCGCCUGUCCAAACUCAACCCUGACGUCACUGAUAGAGCGAGAGACGGCCGUGAGGGCCCCUCCUCCCAUCGCUCACAUCAAACAGCACAGCAGCAAGGCCGCCAGUGGAGGCACCUGGUCGAAGAUGGUUAAAGAAGAGCCUGUGAUAGAUUAUUUUGAUGUCCAGGACUAAAAAUGAGGUCCAGAAGAAGAAGAGAAAAGCUCAGGAUCUACUCGUAAACAUCAGUCGACAUCGGCCAAAACGAAGAGUCUGAAUAACCUUAUUUCAUUUCAUCUAAGAUCAAUAAGAAUCGCUGUGGCUUUAUAAUCAAAUAAGGUUUUGUUUGGGAACACCCACACUUGGUAUAUCAAGGAGGAAUUGAAUGAAUGCUGUGUCAAGUGGUCCACUUGAAUUUAGAUAUUAAAGUUGAUGGAGCCAUGCACGGAUCAUUCUGAAA